AUGGCCGCCACAAAGCUCGCCGAAGAGCACGACGCUGCUGUCAAGCGCAUCGCGAGCCAGGUCGAGAAGUUCCACAACGAGAAGAAGCACUUUCGCAUCUACCAUGGCUCGACAUCGUCCACACGCCCAAUGCAGUUCACCAAAGAUGCCAUCGUCGACACAUCCGACAUGCAUCGCAUCUUCCCCGUCGAUAAGGAGACCAUGACCGUCAAGGCAGAGCCGAAUGUGUCCAUGGACGUCCUGGCUGCACACACAAUUGCCGCCGGAUACGUGCCAAAGAUCGUCAUGGAGUUCAAGGGCAUCACUUGCGGCGGAGGCUUUGCAGGCAUGAGCGGCGAGUCCAGCAUGUACCGAUAUGGCUUGUUUGGCAACACCGUCUCCGAGAUUGAGAUCGUGCUUGGCGAUGGCACCUUGGAGUAUGCCAACCGAGAGAAGAAUGCCGACCUCCUGCAAGAGGCGCACGGCUCCCUGGGCACUUUCGGCAUCAUCACACUCGUCACCAUCGAGUUGCUGCCAGCCAAGUCGCAUGUCCAAGUGCAGAUCAAGCCCGUCAGCGAGCCUCUGACAGUACCGGCCAUCUUUGAGGAAGCUUGCUCAGACCCCACCAUCGAGUACAUCGAUGGCAUCUACUUCAACCGCCGCUCAGCGGUCGUCAUGUUCGGCAAGAUGAUCGACUAUGCGCAGCGGGACAGCCGUGCGCCGCUACUGACCACGAAGCAAGUGCACUGGUUUGCCGACACCAUCGAAGCGCAUCUCAAGAAGCACAACAACAAAAUAUCAAUGCUGACCAAUGCUGAGACCAAGGGCAAAGUUGCGGCAAACGGCGCCACUAACGGAAGCACGAAUGGUCAUGCCAAUGGAGAAAGCAACGGCACGACGAAGAUCGCCGAUAUCCCUCCCGUCAUCCUCACCCUGACCGACUACCUCUUCCGCUACGACCAUGGCGCAUUCUGGGGAGGCAAGCUCGCCUUCAAGCAUUUCCACGUCCCACAGAACCGCAUCACCCGCCGACUCGCCGACCCAUUCCUUGACAGCCGGACAUGCUACAUGGCAUUGCACAAGACGGGCCUGGCGGAUGAGUAUGUGGUUCAAGAUUUCGGCAUACCAGCCUCCACGGUAACGCAGUUCAUUGAAUUCGUUGCGCAAGAGAUGCCUGAAUGUCAGAUCUUCUUGUGCCCACUCAAGCCAGCACAAGAGAUCGGAAUCGACAUGAGAUUCAACGGAGAUGUCAUUGGCAGCGUGAGAGAGCAGCGUAUAUUUGGUGUGGGCGUGUAUGGCCGAGGUCCUCGCAACUCCGAAGAGUUCUACGAGCUCAACCGCGAGCUAGAGCUGAAGGCGAGUGUCCUGCUGGGCAGCAAGCUCUUGUACGCAAGAACGUACUACACCGCUGAGGAGUUCUGGACAAUCUACAACAAGGAGCGCUACGAUGAGCACCGAAAGAAGUGGAAGGCGGAGACGUUGCCAUCCGUAUACGAUAAGCUGCACGCCGACAUGAACUACACCCGGCCGAGACGGAGCGUGAGGGGCAUUCUUGAGACGAUUUGGGACGUCAAGGUUGCGAAGCGGUCGGACUACCUGCUGAAGAAGUCGUAG